ACCUACGUAGCAACACAUCCGGCAGGUGGACAGCUGACUGCAAGUCUGUUAUUAAGUCAUUUGAGACAUUUACAGCUAAAUAUGAUUAAAGCUAUUUUAAUAUUUAACAACCAUGGGAAACCACGACUCAUCAGAUUUUAUGAAUAUUUUGCUGAAGAUGUGCAGCAGCAGAUCAUUCGAGAGACUUUCCAUCUGGUGUCGAAGAGGGACGACAACGUCUGCAACUUCUUGGAGGGGGGAAGUUUGAUCGGUGGCUCGGACUACAAGUUGAUCUACCGGCACUACGCAACACUGUACUUUGUGUUCUGUGUGGACUCCUCUGAGAGUGAGCUCGGUAUUCUGGAUCUAAUACAGGUGUUCGUGGAAACUCUGGACAAAUGCUUUGAAAACGUCUGUGAGCUGGACCUCAUUUUCCACAUGGAUAAGGUACACUUCAUCCUUCAGGAGGUGGUGAUGGGGGGGAUGGUGCUGGAGACCAACAUGAAUGAGAUCGUGGGCCAGGUAGAGCUGCAGAACCGCAUGGAGAAAUCAGAGGGGGGCUUCUCUGCAGCGCCGGCGCGGGCCGUCUCCGCCGUCAAGAACAUCAACCUCCCAGAAAUGCCUCGCAACAUCAACAUCGGAGACAUCAAUAUCAAAGUGCCCAGCCUCUCUCCCUUCUGACCAGGGAGCGGAGCAGGGGCUAGGCCCAAACGGCACCCUAUUCCCCAUGUAGUGCACUACUUUAGACCAGAGCCCUACGGCACCCUAUUCCCCAUGUAGUGCACUACUUUAGACCAGAGCCCUAUGGCACUCUAUAUAGUGCACUACUUUA